AUGUUGCUUGCUGUGCUGAACAUGCCUUUUGCUCUGAUAACUGUCAUCACAACCCGGUGGGUUUUUGGGAAUAUCUUCUGCAGAGUCUCGGCCAUGUUUUUCUGGCUAUUUGUCAUCGAAGGGGUGGCCAUUCUGCUUAUCAUUAGCAUUGACAGGUUCCUUAUAAUAGUUCAGAGGCAGGAUAAGCUGAAUCCAUACCGUGCAAAGUUCCUCAUUGCUGUCUCGUGGGCUGCAGCCUUCGUUGUUGCUUUCCCACUUUCUUUGGGAAACCCCAACCUGCUACCUUCCAGAGCACCUCAGUGUGUGUUUGGCUACACCACAAGCCCUGGCUACCGUGCCUAUGUGAUACUGGUGGUACUGAUUUCAUUUUUCAUCCCGUUCUUGGUGAUGUUGUAUUCUUUUAUGGGCAUCCUCAACACUGUACGGCACAACGCAGUUCGCAUCCACAGCCACCCAGAUAGCAUAUGCCUCAGCCAAGCUAGCAAACUUGGUCUCAUGAGCCUUCAGAGACCCUUUCAGAUGAACAUUGAUAUGAGCUUUAAAACUCGUGCCUUCACCACCAUAUUGAUUUUGUUCAUUGUCUUCAUAAUCUGCUUGGCGCCCUUCACCACCUACAGCCUUAUUGCCACAUUCAACAGCCACUUCGAUCAGAAGCACAACUUCUUUGAGAUAAGCGCUUGGCUCCUUUGGCUCUGCUACCUCAAGUCUGCCCUGAACCCAUUGAUUUACUACUGGAGGAUCAAGAAAUUUCACGAUGCAUGCUUAGACUUGAUGCCGAAGUACUUCAAGUUUUUGCCACAGCUACCUGGUCACACCAGAAGACGUAUCCGGCCUAGCGCAGUAUAUGUGUGUGGGGAGCACCGGUCAGUUGUGUGA